AGUAGUACCAGACGAUGUGUAAAAGUUGGUGAUGGUUUUGGAAUUGAAAAAUUGAGCUUCGCCUUUACAGUCAUUGUCUGAUUUAUUCUAUAAUGAGAUUUUUCCAUCAGAUAAACAUUUCACUUUGCUGCAGCUGAACAUUUCCCUAUUUACACUGAACUUUCUGGAAGUAACUAUGUCAGAAUCUGUGAGAAAACUGUCGACAUCUGGUGAUUCCCUAUACAAAAUUAUGGGACUUCCAAAAACAGCCACACAAGAUGAUGUGAAGAAGACUUUCAGAAAAUUGGCUUUGAAGUAUCAUCCAGAUAAAAAUGAGGGAAAUCCAGAUGCUGCAGAAGUGUUUAAGGAGAUCAACAAAGCUAAUGCUAUCCUGAGUGACCUGACCAAAAGAAACAUCUAUGAUAACUAUGGAUCUCUUGGGUUAUAUAUUGCUGAACACUUCGGAGAAGAGAAUAUCAACACGUACUUUGUCUUGACCAGCUGGUGGUGUAAGGCAUUGUUUGUUUUCUGUGGAGUCAUCACAGGCUGUUACCUAUGCUGUUGUUUUUGUUGCUGUUGCAACUUCUGCUGUGGCAAGUGCAGACCACGACCUCCUGAAGAUACAGGAAACUACCAUAACUUGAAGGAAGAGUUCAGUGAAGAAGAAAGUGUACCUUCUUCCCCAGUGAUGUCUCAGCCUGUGGGAGGUGAAAAUAAGUCAAUUCCUAUGGUAGAUCCUGAGGAUGGUUGGGACCCCUCUGAGAAGACGACACUACACACCUUUCAGUACUCUACUUACAAGACAGAAGAAGGACCACCAGCACAGUCCACAACUGAAAGUUUUCCUAGUGGACCUCAGCCCUCUGUUUACUACAGUUCACGACCAUUAUAACAAUGAUAAAUAUGUUUGUCUUGCUAUUUAAGAUCAUCAGUUUGUAGUUGAUACUGGUCAAUUUUUUGUUUACACAUAGUUUUUUUAAUAUAUGCAUAUAUGUGUGUGUAUAAAUUACUGCACUAAUGCUUCUCUAUAUUACACCAACAUGGUCUAGUUGAUAAUGUGUGAACUUUAACUACUACAGAAAGACUGAUUUGUCAUAUUUGUAUCCGGGCCACAGUGAACUCACAUUUAAACUACAACCAAUGCAGCAAACAUUUCUUUAAGUUGUAUUUGCAUUAUAAUUCAAUCAGCUUAAUAUUCGUUCUCAUCAUCAACCGUGUGUCGGGGUUGACAAGGACUGGCGGAAGACAUUCUGGUGCUUCUGAAAGCCACAGUCAGGAAGGCUUAAUAUUACAGUGUUCAGUGUCUGUACUGAAUUAGGAAAUUACUACCCCCAUGAAAACAAGAAUUUGCAUACUUAACUUUUUUAUUGGGGAAUUUACUAUGGCCCACCCUGUACAUGUGUAAUAGACACAAAGAUACAGUAAAAAAAUUUUCACA